AAAAACACUGCGGACUCUCCGGCUGCUGCAGUUCCACCUCCGGUCCACUAGGUGGCAGCGCUGUGUUCAGCGCCAUGUUCCGUAAUCCAAGAUGUCUGCGCCCUGAAGGAUGCUGCUAACGGCGUGAAGGUACAGGACAAGUGACAGUGGAUGGAUUCUCAGUUGACUCGGAGGCAGAUUUAAGGCUUUCCAGAAAUACCAGGAUGUCAAAGAUCUCCAAGGCAGCCAAGGCCGUGAAGAAGUUGGAUACUGGCGGUUUAAUCCGCGCUAUAGUGAGGUCAGGACAAGCUGCCCCUGGACCCCCGCUAGGCCCCAUCUUGGGACAGAAAGGAAUCCCCAUCGGGCAGUUCUGCAAGGACUUCAACGAGAAGACCAAGGACCUGAAGGAAGGCAUCCCUCUCCCGAUCAAGAUCCAUGUCAAGCCGGACAGGACUUAUGACCUGAAGAUCGGCCAGCCCACGAUUUCUUACUUCCUCAAACAAGCAGCAGGCAUCGAGAAAGGCGCUGGAAAGACAGGACAUGAGACGGCAGGGAUGGUGUCGGUUAGGGCGGUGUAUGAAAUCGCACAGGUGAAAUCCCAGGAUGAGUGCUUCAAAAUGAAGAACACCCCCCUAGAGACGGUCGUCAAAUCCAUCGUGGGCUCGGCCCGGUCGCUGGGCAUCAAGAUCGUCAACGAUCUAUCUGCUGACGAGUACAAACUCUUCAUGGAGCAGAAAGAGGAAAGGUUGAAAGCAGAUGCUGCUGCCGCUGCAGCUGCUGAAGCAUCUGCAGCUGAAGCUACCUCGGGCAAGAAGAAAUAAAGAUCAGCAACGUCCUCCAACCUUGACCCCGCAUUCCUGUUUAUAUUGGCUUUAUACAUGUACCACGUAACACUGUUAAUGUUCUGUGUGUCAGAUCUUAAUAAACGGAUUUAAAACCUG